GGGAGGGACAUGGUAUUGUCAUUCAGCCAGAGAAGGAGGAGGAGUUGAUGGCUGGGAGGGUGGGAGAUAAAGGAGGAAAAGGAGUGGCUUUCUGCAGAUUUGUAGUCAUCCGUCUCCACCAGAAGUCUACUCUCAGAGGCAGCUCAUGGGAGGGAAAAUAACCCAGGGGUUUUGAGAUACAGAGUAGGAGAAGGAUAGAGAAGAAAAGAAAGAACUUCAAGCCACAAUUCAUUCCAGGCUGUAUGAAGAUUUAAUACAAUCAUGGCAUCAGCAGCUUCAUCAAAAAGGAUGGUGUCCUCCGUCUUCAUCACUCUGGCAUCUCCCCAGCGAGCCACUGGGACCCAGCAGCAGCCCUCCAUCCAAAUUUAUAGUGCUCCAGCCCGAGACGAGCUACACAAACCUCCAAGAGUCAGCUCAAGAGAAGAAGUACCCGUCCUCAGACAUAAACGAAAGGACGAUUCACCUUAUGACUCCCACAAUUCUGUAAACAGCAAGGGCUGGAGUCAUGGACAGGCUCCAUAUCAAGCCUUAGACCACCAUAGUCCCAAACCUGCACAAAGUGGACCUGUCAAAACCCGAGUGGAAAAAGAAGAAAACACAAGACAGAGGAACUCUUCAGAGUUUUUUCCCCUGCCUCCUCCUCUUACUCCUCUUACUCCUCCAGUUGAUGCCUUGCCUUCAUUUCAAGAUGAAAUGCUCCCUGAAGAAUUAGCUCAUCUGCCCCCUCCACCAGACCAGUUAGCGUUCCUCCAGCCUUUAACCCCACACCAGCAGCCAGUUUUCAACAAACAGGUGAAAACAAGUAUCCCAUCUAACUUGUUGAACCAAGCGGUACAAACCCAAGGAAUAACAAAAAACAGCCAGGAUAUAAGCGGAGAGAGCCAAGACUUGUGCGGCUUUUGUCGGAAAACCAUUGCUCUCUCUGAACCAGCAAUAGAGGCUCUAAACAGGACUUACCAUGAGGGUUGUUUCCAGUGCAGAUCUUGCAACAUCUGCCUGGCUGGUAAAUGCUUCUACAACAAGGCAGGAAUCCCUUUCUGUGAAGAAUGCUACCAGGCCAGUUUGGAACUUUGCUGGGCCUGUGGAGAAGUUAUCACAGAUCACUUAAUCCGAGCCCUGGAGCGACCGUACCAUCCUUCAUGUUUCACAUGUGCAACAUGUAAAUUACAAAUUGGAGAGCAAUCUUUUGCUCAGGGAGAAGUCGGAGAAAUUUAUUGCCUUCCAGACUACUAUAGGAAAUAUGCACCAAAAUGUAAUGCCUGCAACCAGCUUAUCAUUCCAAAAGAAGAUGGCACUGACAGCUACACUGUUGAAUGUCUGGGGAACUCUUACCAUGAGAUCUGCUUCAGGUGUGAGGUUUGUUUCUUCGAGUUCUCCGACGAAUACAGCUGCUAUCCAUUAGAUGGAAAACUCCUUUGCAAAUCUUGCCAUGAGGACCUUGUUUCUGGGCAGCCCUAAUCUCCACUUUACAGCUUUGUACAAACUACAACCAAGAGAAAGCUGCCACAAGUCUGUGACAGAUUAAUCCAAUGAAACUUUGCUUGAGUAUCUAGGAUAAGUAUACAAAUUUCACACGCUUAUUCUACUAGAAAAAUGUAUACUUUUACAAUAUAGCUUGCUAUCAUGAAACAAUCCUUUUUUCCUUUAAUACUUGAUUAAUUUUGCACUUAAGAAAAAUGCACCAAAAUAUUUAUGCAACUGACUUUACAAAAAUCUAUGCUAGAAUCAGUAGAAUUUGAACAUCAUACAAUUAAUUUUAGAUUAGAUAAACAUUUAUAGAAAUGUAAAGUAAUAUAUUAUAUCCAACAAACUUUAUCAUUGGCUCCUUAAAAAUAAUCAUAACAUGGAAUGUGCUACACGUACAGCACACCAUUAAGCAGUGUAUUUGAUUCACAACAUUGCAACAGAUAAGACGGAUAAUACAGGAACAAAUGAAGCAGUGACAGAAUAACAAUUUUAAAAUGCAUUCAGAUAUACUGAAAUAGAAAUACUUCUCUUGGAAUGUCCUGGUGAAUUGUUCCCAUUUUCUUUUCAGUGAAUAAAAUCUUUUUUGAGAACAUG